AUGGGAAUGAUGAGUAAUCCCAACCCUUAUGGCCAGCCAUACAGUCAAAAUACUGGGCAGCAAAUUGGAGCCAGUGGACUUGGUCCUCAGAUGCAGAAUAAAGCUGGACUGCAAAAUAGCGGCCAGCAGCAGGCUCCCCAGGUUCAGCAAGCUGGCAUGGGGCCAGCGGCUUCCCAAGGAAUGGGGUCUGGAGCACCGACAGCAGAUCCAGAAAAACGCAAACUCAUUCAGCAGCAACUAGUUCUCCUCUUACACGCUCACAAGUGUCAGCGUCGAGAACAGGCCAACGGCGAGGUGCGACAGUGCAACCUCCCUCAUUGCCGAACCAUGAAGAAUGUCUUGAACCACAUGACACACUGUCAGGCUGGCAAAUCCUGCCAGGUGGCACAUUGCGCGUCUUCCCGACAAAUCAUCUCGCACUGGAAGAACUGUACGAGACAUGACUGUCCUGUAUGUUUGCCUCUCAAAAAUGCUGGGGACAAAAGAAAUCAACAAUCGCUGCUGGGCGGAGCUGCAGUAGGACUUGCAAAUACAGGCUCCGUGGGCGUGGGGCAGCAGACAACGCCCAGCAUAAACACUACCAGUCAGAUAGACCCCAGCUCCAUCGAGAGAGCCUACGCAGCCCUUGGACUGACCUAUCAGGGGAACCAGAUGCAGACACAGCCCCAAGCUCAAGUGAAGAAUCAACAGCAGGGACAGUCACCGCAGGGUCUGCGCCCUAUGAAUCCUAUGAGUGCAAAUCCAAUGGGAGUGAAUGGAGGAGUAGGGGUUCAACCCCCUAAUCUGCUGCCUGACUCAAUGUUACAUUCAACCAUGAAUUCCCAAAACCCCAUGAUGAGUGAAAGCGCCAACGUUGCCAGUUUGGGAGCCAUGCCAACAGCUCAACCAUCCAAUACUGGAAUUCGAAAGCAGUGGCAUGAAGACAUUACUCAGGAUCUCCGAAACCACCUUGUUCAUAAAUUAGUCCAAGCCAUAUUUCCUACUCCUGACCCUGCAGCACUGAAAGAUCGUCGUAUGGAGAAUCUGGUGGCAUAUGCUCGGAAAGUGGAGGGGGAUAUGUAUGAAUCAGCAAACAGCAGGGCAGAGUACUAUCACUUGCUAGCAGAGAAGAUCUAUAAGAUUCAGAAGGAGCUGGAGGAGAAACGAAGAACCAGGCUGCAGAAGCAAAACAUGAUCCCAAAUGCUCCAGGCAUGCCACAGGCUCCCAUGAGUCAAGGGCCCAAUAUGGGACAGCCACAGCCAGGAAUGUCUGCAAAUGGUCCUCUUCCUGACCCAACCCUGAUACGUGCCAAUGUGCCAAACCAGAUGAUGAAUCGCAUGCAGGCGCAGCCAGGAAUUAAUCAGUUUGGCCAGAUGAACAUGCAGCUGUCGCCGAUGGGACCCCGGCAAACCCCUCCUCUUCAGCACCCUGGACAGCUAAGUCAGGCCGGGGCCAUGAACCAGAUGGGAUUUCCUUCCCGUAUGCAGCAGCCAGGAGUUGGCCAGGCGUCUGGUCAGAACCAGUUUCUGCAACAGACUCAGUUCCCUGCUUCUUCCCCGGGAAUGAACACAGCGAGCAUGCCUAUGACCCAGCCUGGCAAUCAGACACCAGUGUCUCAAGCACAAAUGACCAGCGCUUCCUGUCCUGUGAAUUCUCCUGCAAUGGCUCCAGGUUCUCAAGGGAGCCAUAUUCACUGCCCACCUCUUCCACAGCCUCCCAUGCACCGAAAUUCUCCCUCUCCAGUACCUAGCCGAACCCCAACACCUCACCACACACCCCCAGGCUUGGGAUCACAGCAACAGCAGGCAGCAGCAGCUGCCACGACUGCCCCCACACCUGCUCCUCAGGCAAUGCCACCUGGACCACAGUCCCAAACUAUGCACCCCCCUCAAAGGCAGACUCCAACACCUCCACAGGCACAGCUGCCUCCACAAGUCCAGCCUCCAGUUCCAGUUACCCCUUCUGCAGAGCAACAGCAGCAGCCCCUGUCACAGCAGAGCACGACUGCAUCUGUGCCCACACCAACAGCACCACUGCAGCCUCAGCACCCUACAACACCUCUUUCGCAGCCAGCCGUAAGCAUUGAUGGGCAGGUAUCCAACCCCCCAUCCACCAGCAGCACAGAGGUGAACUCUCAGCAAACUGUUCCAGAGCAGCAGCAGCCACCCAUGCAGGAAGUGAAAAUGGACAUGAAAACAGAGGAAGGGGAACCAGAACAAACUGAGCUGCAAAUGGAAGAGAAAUCUGAGGUGAAAGUAGAACCAGUUGUGGAGGAAUGUAAACCAGACCCAAUGGAGCAAGAAGAGAAGAAACCUGAAAUGAAGAGUGAAGUACCAGAGGGGGAAGAAAGACCUACAACUCCAGCUACUCAGUCUUCUCCAGCAGCUGGGCAGUCUAAGAAAAAAAUUUUCAAGCCAGAGGAGUUGCGGCAGGCGCUUAUGCCAGCACUGGAGGCACUUUACCGUCAGGAUCCAGAGUCUCUUCCAUUUCGACAGCCUGUGGAUCCCCAACUACUAGGAAUUCCUGAUUAUUUUGACAUCGUAAAGAGCCCAAUGGACCUUUCCACUAUCAAGAGGAAGCUGGACACAGGACAGUAUCAGGAACCAUGGCAAUAUGUAGAUGACAUCUGGCUCAUGUUCAAUAAUGCCUGGUUGUAUAACCGCAAAACAUCCCGGGUAUACAAAUACUGUUCCAAGCUGGCAGAGGUGUUUGAGCAAGAAAUUGACCCAGUUAUGCAGAGCCUGGGUUAUUGCUGUGGAAGAAAGUUGGAGUUCUCGCCGCAGACUUUGUGUUGCUAUGGCAAACAGCUAUGCACAAUCCCUCGAGAUGCCACUUACUACAGUUACCAGAACAGGUAUCAUUUCUGUGAGAAGUGCUUCAACGAAAUCCAAGGGGAGAGCGUUUCUCUGGGAGAUGACCCAUCACAACCUCAAACCACGAUAAACAAAGAGCAGUUUUCAAAAAGGAAAAAUGAUACACUGGACCCUGAACUAUUUGUUGAAUGUAUAGAGUGUGGAAGAAAAAUGCACCAGAUCUGUGUUCUUCAUAAUGAGAUAAUCUGGCCUUCUGGCUUUGUCUGUGAUGGCUGCCUGAAGAAAACAGGACGAACCAGGAAAGAGAACAAAUUCUCUGCUAAGAGGUUACCAGCUACAAGACUUGGUACCUUCUUGGAGAACAGAGUCAAUGAUUUCCUAAGACGACAGAAUCACCCUGAGGCAGGAGAGGUUACAGUUAGAGUGGUACAUGCAUCUGACAAAACUGUUGAAGUAAAACCAGGCAUGAAAGCAAGGUUUGUGGACAGUGGAGAGAUGGCUGAGUCUUUUCCUUAUCGAACAAAAGCCCUUUUUGCCUUUGAGGAGAUUGAUGGUGUAGACUUGUGCUUCUUUGGGAUGCACGUGCAGGAGUAUGGCUCAGACUGUCCUCCCCCCAAUCAAAGGAGAGUGUAUAUAUCUUACCUUGACAGUGUUCAUUUCUUCCGCCCUAAAUGCUUGAGGACUGCUGUCUAUCAUGAAAUACUAAUUGGAUAUCUAGAAUAUGUCAAGAAGCUAGGGUAUACUACUGGGCACAUCUGGGCCUGCCCACCCAGCGAGGGAGACGAUUACAUCUUCCACUGCCACCCGCCCGACCAGAAGAUACCCAAACCCAAACGACUGCAAGAGUGGUACAAAAAGAUGCUGGACAAAUCUGUGUCGGAGCGCAUCGUUCAUGAUUACAAGGAUAUAUUUAAGCAGGCAACAGAAGAUCGUCUAACCAGUGCAAAGGAGCUGCCUUACUUUGAAGGAGAUUUCUGGCCUAAUGUUCUAGAGGAGAGCAUUAAGGAACUAGAGCAAGAGGAAGAAGAACGGAAGAGAGAAGAAAACACUAGUAACGAAAGCACAGAUGUGAGCAAGGGAGACAGCAAAAACGCCAAAAAGAAGAACAAUAAGAAGACAAGUAAGAACAAGAGCAGCUUGAGUCGUGGCAAUAAGAAAAAGCCUGGCAUGCCCAAUGUGUCCAAUGACCUCUCCCAAAAGCUGUAUGCCACUAUGGAGAAGCACAAGGAGGUCUUCUUUGUCAUCCGCCUCAUUGCUGGCCCUGCAGCCAACUCCCUGCCCCCCAUCGUUGAGCCUGACCCACUCAUUCCAUGUGACUUGAUGGAUGGGCGUGAUGCUUUCCUAACCCUUGCUAGAGACAAGCACCUGGAGUUCUCCUCACUACGAAGGGCUCAGUGGUCAACCAUGUGCAUGUUGGUGGAGCUGCAUACCCAGAGCCAAGACCGCUUUGUUUACACCUGCAAUGAGUGCAAGCAUCAUGUGGAGACCAGAUGGCACUGCACUGUCUGUGAGGAUUAUGACCUGUGCAUCACCUGCUAUAACACUAAAAAUCAUGACCACAAGAUGGAAAAAUUAGGCCUCGGUCUAGACGACGAAAGCAACAACCAGCAGACUGCCACCACCCAGAGCCCCGGCGAUUCGCGCCGCCUGAGCAUCCAGCGCUGCAUCCAGUCCCUGGUCCACGCCUGCCAGUGUCGGAAUGCCAACUGCUCCCUGCCGUCCUGCCAGAAGAUGAAACGGGUCGUCCAGCACACCAAAGGCUGCAAACGCAAGACCAACGGAGGGUGCCCCAUCUGCAAGCAGCUCAUCGCUCUCUGCUGCUACCACGCGAAGCACUGCCAGGAGAACAAGUGCCCCGUGCCCUUCU